UUUUGCGUUAUUUAAGUAUGAAUUUAGAUAAAGUUAGUGUUCUCGAGGAUUGCACGUUUCUUUUCCAUUGUGCAAAUUAUGGGGACAUCUUACUAUAGUUAAACUUAGUUCUUUUAAAAUUUAAAAUGUUUAAUGAUACUCUGUGAGUGUCAGUCUGUCUCAACAUUUUCCUUCAGAUUGUGAGCGACCAUCGAAGAAGAUGGCGUUACGAUUCAUCUUCUCUUCCUAAAGAAUUUGGCUAUCAGUUUAAUGAAGGUAAUAACAAUGUAUUUUGCUUAUAACUACCAUAAAAUAUUGUAAAUGUGCUUGUCUUUCGUUUUUAAAGAAGGUCGUUUGCUAGACAAAGAUGGCAAUGUUUUUAAUUUCUACAUCAGUGAUGACCAUUCUAAAUGUCAAAGGAAUUAUGAAGAGCUUGGGGAGGCCAUUACAGAAUAUGUGUAUGAACUGUUACAAAUGGAAAUGGGAUUGGUGUUACUUAAGAUUGAAAUUGAUAAACCUUUCUUCUUUGGUAAAAGUAAAAAGGAAGACACGAAAAGAUUCAUUUUUGUCAGUAAAGACUAUGAGAAAAAAGAGAAGCUACUAAUUUUGGUCCAUGGUUCUGGUGUAGUUAGAGCUGGUCAAUGGGCAAGAAGGUUGAUAAUUAAUGACUGCAUUGAUCAUGGCACAAUGAUACCUUAUAUAAAACAGGCAAUUGAAGAAGACUAUGGUGUAGUGAUAACAAAUCAUAAUCAAAAUGAAGUACUUGUAGAUGUGGAGGGCAAGAAAGUCUACAAAGAAAUUCAGAGAGUAUCUCCAGAAAAGCAUUUUACUUAUGUUUGGAAGAACAUAAUACAAAAGACUCAGGCUUCUAAAAUUUUCUUUGUUGCUCACGAUUAUGGAGGUCACUUGGUUGUGAACAAUUUUAAGGAUUAUGAAAAAGACUUAUUGGAACGUGUUGUGGCAGUUGCAUUUACUGAUUCUGUACACAGCCUUAGUUACACAAAACCUAAAAUCAAACAGUGGUUUUUAAAGAAUUCAAGGAACUGGGUUAGCUCAUCUCAUGAAAUUGACACAUCAAUGCAAUAUCAAGAGGAUGAAGAUCACAUCACACGUGUUUCAGCAGGAACUUCAAAACAUGAAGAAACAUCUUGGAAAGCAAGGGAAUCUAUUUUCAAAUAUUUUCAAGAUAGAGCAGCUCUCUUUGAGAAUGAUGAUUGUGAGCGACCAUCGAAGAAAAUGGCACGUUAUGAUUCAUCUUCUCUUCCUAAAGAAUUUGGCUAUCAGUUUAAUGAAGAAGGUCGUUUGCUAGACAAAGAUGGCAAUGUUUUUAAUUUCUACAUCAGUGAUGACCAUUCUAAAUGUCAAAGGAAUUAUGAAGACCUUGGGGAGGCCAUUACAGAAUAUGUGUAUGAACUGUUACAAAAUUAUAUGGGAUUGGUGUUACAUAAGAUUGAAAUUGAUAAACCUUUCUUCUUUGGUAAAAAUAAAAAGGAAGGCACGGAAAGAUUCAUUUUUGUCAGUAAAGACUACGAGAAAAAAGAGAAGCUACUAAUUUUGGUCCAUGGUUCUGGUGUAGUUAGAGCUGGUCAAUGGGCAAGAAGGUUGAUAAUUAAUGACUGCAUUGAUCAUGGCACAAUGAUACCUUAUAUAAAACAGGCAAUUGAAGAAGACUAUGGUGUAGUGAUAACAAAUCAUAAUCAAAAUGAAGUACUUGUAGAUGUGGAGGGCAAGAAAGUCUACAAAGAAAUUCAGAGAGUAUCUCCAGAAAAGCAUUUUAUUUAUGUUUGGAAGAACAUAAUACAAAAAACUGAGGCUUCUAAAAUUUUCUUUGUUGCUCACAGUUAUGGAGGUCACUUGGUUGUGAACAAUUUCAAGGAUUAUAAAAAAGACUUAUUGGAACGUGUUGUGGCAGUUGCAUUUACUGAUUCUGUACACAGCCUUCGUCACACAAAACCUAAAAUCAAACAGUGGUUUUUAAAGAAUUCAAGGAACUGGGUUAGUUCAUCUCAUGAAAUUGACACACCAAUGCAGUAUCAAGAGGAUGAAGAUCACAUCACACGUGUUUCAGCAGGAACUUCAAAACAUGAAGAAACAUCUUGGAAAGCAAUGGAAUCUAUUUUCAAAUAUUUUCAAGAGAGAGCAGCUCUCUUUGAGAAUGAUGGUAAAUCACCUAAAGAUGGCAAUAAUGAAAAUAAUUGUCUUGAACACAACAAUUGUAGAAAUGUUACAACUGCAGCAGAUGAUAAAGGUAGAGAUAAAGAUACAAGUGCAACACCAGAUAAUCCUAAUACAAAGACAACAGAUGAUCAGGGUGGAGAUAAAGAGACAAAUGCAACACCAGAUAAUCCUAAUGCAAAGACAACAGAUGAUCAGGGUGGAGAUAAAGAGACAAAUGCAACACCAGAUAAUCCUAAUGUAAAGACAGCAGAUGAUCAGGGUGGAGAUAAAGAGACAAAUGCAUCACCAGAUAAUCCUAAUGCAAAGACAACAGAUGAUCAGGGUGGAGAUAAAGAGACAAAUGCAACACCAGAUAAUCCUAAUACAAAGAAAGCAGAUGAUCAGGGUGGAGAUAAAGAGACAAAUGCAACACCAGAUAAUCUUAAUACAAAGAAAACAGAUGAUCAGGGUGGAUAAAGAGACAAAUGCAACACCAGAUAAUCUUAAUACAAAGACAACAGAUGAUCAGGGUGGAGAUAAA